ACGGUAUACGCUUCGUAUAGCUACAUGGUAGCUGCCUGAGGCUGCUGGGGCUGUACAUGUGCCAUGGCCAGGACCUUGCGACCAACACGAAACAAACACGAAUUUGCUAGCUGACGAAAUGCCAAGACUCCUCUCACGUCAACCGCCGGCGCGCGCAUCGCACUCUUUCCAUUUUCUUAUUUUCUCAUCACUAGAAAUAAUCCAGAUCAGCCCCUUCAUCUUCCCAGACAGAGGAGUCUCGCGCCGGACAGUCCAUUGGAGGAGCUGCACGCACCAAUCCUGAACUUCUAAACCCAUGCAACUAAAACUGCUGACAACCCUCAACCACAGACGACCAGUGCACAAGAGUGGUACCGCAUAGCACAGUACAGGAUGUCAAGUCCGCCAAAGUCCGAACUCACCAAGACGCCCGAGUCUGCACAGACAGAAGCUAGACUUGGCCGUGGCCGAGGAGCCAAACGAAAGACAUGCCAGAGCCGCAAUCAGCGUUGAGCGGUAUCGACGGGUACGAUGCUAAUGUCCUAGACCAAGCUUUUCCCACAGCACUUGGUUUCAAAUUCCGUACAGAAUCGGUGCGCCUCAUCCUAUCAUUGGAGAUUGGAGUGACUUAUCGAGACACAUUGCGCGCGCCGAACACAUUCCCGCUCGAGCUUCCCCAAAGCCACAGCAAUGUUCAUAACAUGCCCGGACAACAGAUUGGAGAUGCGCAUGUCCGAACUCAGCUGCUGCUGGGCUAA